AUGUCGAUUCCAAUUCAAAGCGAUGAAGAAUUCAACUCGACGUUUGAAGAGAAAAAGGGUCGUCCAGUGAUCCUGUUUUUCACUGCUGCAUGGUGCGGUCCUUGUCAAAUGAUAAAAUCGUUUGUUGAAGAACAAGCUGCGAAACAUCAAGAUCGUUUGUCCGUUCUAAAAAUCGAUGUCGAUGAAUGUGAAGCAGCUUGCGAAAAGUAUGGAGUCGCCUCUAUGCCAACAUUCAUUCUCAUCGUCAACGGUGUCACCAAGGACACCUUCAAUGGAGCCAACAACGGAAAGUUCUCCGAAAUGAUCAGCAAGGCUCUGGAAUAA